CCGUGGCGCCGCAUAUGUGCGCCGAGCCCAGCCGAGGACCUGUUCGCGUGUCACGUGCCCCGUCCUUAAUGAAGCGGACAGGCGAGGGGCGCCCGUGCGCGCAUGCGCCGCGUGGAACACGCGCUUGGAAAUGAGGUGCCCGUCUCGGACAAGUCGACUUUUAAAAAGCAUCGGCAGCCCCCUGAUAUGACGACUUCGCUGCUCGUGCACCCACGCUGGGCGGACACCUUGAUGUACGUUUACGAAAAAAGCCCGAAUGAAGGCGGGCCGCACAAAAACCAAACAAUGGAGGGACUGAGCGCCAAUUGCCCCGCGACCCACUGCAGGGACCUGAUGUCGCACCCCGCCCUGCAGGGACGACACUCCGGCACCAUCGCCGCCCACCAGGGCUCCGUCUACUCGGAUAUGUCCUCGCCGGACGCCGCUCGCCAGUGUCCCGCCCCGCAGUCGUCCUCGGGCGCCCCGCUCGGCUACGGCUACCCCUUCGGGGGCCCCUACUACGGCUGUCGGCUGUCCCACUCGCACAACGUCAACUUGCAGCAGAAGCCGUGCUCGUACCACCCGGCGGACAAAUACGCGGAGGCCGGCGCGGCGCUGCCCGGCGAGGAACUGUCGAGCCGGGCCAAAGAGUUCGCCUUCUACCCGGGCUUCGCCGGCUCGUACCAGGCCGUGCCGGGCUACCUGGACGUGUCGGUGGUGCCCGGCAUCAGCGGCCACCCCGAGCCGCGCCACGACGCCCUCAUCCCCGUGGAGGGCUACCAGCACUGGGCUCUGUCCAAUGGCUGGGACGGGCAGGUGUACUGCUCCAAGGACCAGACGCAGUCCAACCAUCUGUGGAAGUCGCCAUUUCCAGACGUGGUGCCCCUGCCGCCCGAGGUGAGCACUUACCGCCGAGGCCGUAAAAAGCGCGUCCCCUACACCAAGGUGCAGCUGAAGGAGCUGGAGAAGGAGUACGCGGCCAGCAAGUUCAUCACCAAAGACAAGCGGAGACGCAUCUCGGCCGCCACCAACCUCUCGGAACGCCAAGUCACCAUCUGGUUCCAGAACCGGCGGGUCAAGGAGAAGAAAUUCGUCAGUAAAUCCAAGAGCAACCACCUGCACGCCACCUGAGGAGACGGCCCGCUUCCUUCCUUGCUUCCUUGCUUCCUUUCCCUUCUUCCUGGGUCACGUGUACGGAACGAAAAUGUCAAAGCUCAUUUUGGCUGUUUUUCAUUUCACUUCCAUGGCCAUCCAAACGGCAGAGGGCCGGCCCAUCGAGAUCAAGUCUGUAAAAACUGUGAACAAACUGAAAAUUGACUCCAUAUUUGUUUUAUAUGCCUGUACAUAUAUAAAUAUAUAAUAUUUAAAAGCAUAUCUGUAUUUCAAAGUCAAGUAUUAAGUGUUUUCUUUCAUGAUUAUUAUUAUUAUUAUUAGCUUAUUUCUUCUCUCCAAACCAAAUCAUCAAUGGACUAAUGACAUUCAGAAGAAAAAGAAAAAGAAAAAGAAGACAGAAGACUGAUUUGUGACAUUUUCAUUUCAUUUGAUACGGGAAGGAUAAUUCCGAUACAGACAGGAAUGUUUUUGGACUUUAUGUCAGGUUGCACCCAAACGACUUAAAAAAAAAAAAAAAAAAAAGAGAGAGAGAGAGAGAGAGAGAAGGGAAAGAGGAGUUUUGGCGUUCUUUUAUUAUUCCCUUUGAAUUUAAAAGCGACGAUCGUCUGCGUGGGGUCGUAAGUUCGAAGCCUGCGAUGUUGUUUAUCUGUGUAGUGCAAUGGCUUUUAAUUAUUUAAUUCCUAUUACCUAGUACGGCCGAAGUGUAAACUAGAGUAUGCAGUACCUGUAUGUUCUCCUUUUGUUUUUGUUUUUGAAAGAAGGAUUCUGUCAUGCAACUGCAAUGAUUGUACGCCAUUAAAGUCAGCGAGUAUUACA